AUGGAUGGACAUGGUGGCGGGCCCUCCGACUUCCAUCACUUGGUCUCUCAUCUGAACCUCGACCCCAACGACUGGCAGUCGUCACAAGCCGAUGGAGCCUCCUCCACCGUGUCGUCUGUAACCGAUGGCCUGCGUUUGCAGAGCGCCAUCCCGGCCCAGCUGUAUCCUACUACUACCCCCUCUCCCCGCGCCUCUCUGUUCUCCGCUGGUCCUCCCGCCUCUUCGCCGCCCUCCAACUCUUCGCGCCCACUGCUCGCCCCCCAGCCUAUUUCGUCGCCUCCGUCGUCAAGGCGCUCUGCUCGCUUUGACCUUGAACUGCCGAGCAGCUCCCGCCCUCCGAUAGCCAGGGUCGAGAAGGAUGUUGAUGAUCCUACAACACCCGUCGGCUCUCGGAGAUCCAACGACCGCAGCGACUAUCAGAAUCUCACUACUUUGAGCCGCUUGUUUGCCGGCACCCCGCCUGCCUCGGCCAGGUCUAUCCCGUACAGCAGAAUGCAAUCGACUUCUGCUGCCGGCAUGAUCCCCGGCUCUCUGUCCCACCACGUCUACAGCAGAGGCUUGCUUGACGGCCGUCACUCAGACAUCAUUAUCGUGGCUUUUAACAAAAGAUAUCGCCUUCAUCGACUAGUUCUCGAUCAAGCGCCCUACUUCUGUUCCAUGCUCUCGGGCCCUUGGCGGGAAAGCCGAGCAGAAGAGGUCACUCUCCACCCCGAAGAAUUGGACCACUGCAUCACCGAGGCCGCCUUUGAGCUGACCUUGAAACGUCUGUACGGCUACGACAUUUCCGACGAGGAAGACGUCGAGUGCUUGGGCUUGUUCGCUACCGCAUGCUGGCUCGAAAUGCAGGACCUAAUCGACUCGAGCAUCGACUCUAUCCUGCGCAGGAUGCACCCCGAUAACCUUGGCCCACUCAUCAAGCUGGUCACCCUGCAAUACUAUGGGAGAGCCGGCGAGAGGCUACUUGCAUCGGCGAAGGCCAUGCUCUGCAGAGACGGCUCCGAGAUGAAGCUGAAGAACUGGGAUGAGAUCCCUGGGGAGAUCGCCCGGGAGAUCGUCGGCGGGGACGGCUUCUAUAUCCACGGGGAAUGGGAGAGAUGGGUUUUGGCGAAACGCCUGCUGGACCGCCGCCUCAAGAAGGUCGCUGCCGAGUUCAGCCUCAUCAAGUCUGCCAAGUCGCGGAGCACCAAAGCACCAGACAUGCUUGGCCUAAUGGCUGUCAGGUUCGACAGUGUCUAUCGCCAAAAUGCCAUCACCACUGGGUUGUCGCGCCAGGAAAACCCUCAGGAUGAGCAGCAGAAAUGGAUGUCCCUGUACACCCACCACGACAUCGAGCCUCUACUGGUCCUGCUCGAAGAAGGAAUUCACUACAUCCAUCUGGAGUUCGAGCAAUUGCAGUUCAUCAGAACAGCACGCGAUACCUUUGGGCUUCCAAUAGUGUCUGAAAAGGCCAUCACAAACGCCUUGUGGAUGCAGAUGGAACUUCGGCAGAAAGUGCGGUCGGCAAACCCGCAGGACAUGGAGCUUGGACUCAGCAAGCCGGCCGAACCGGACCAGCCAUACCGGCCUUCAUCCAAGAGCUCUGCCUCGUCGAAAGGCAAGCAAUCUAUGGAGCCAUCGACCCCUGACUCGGAGCUUGACGAGAUGGACUCCGGCAGCUGGGAUGCCAAUGGCAAGCCUCGCAAAUUCUGGAUACCCUCUGCAGACUGCAACAUCGUCAUGGGCGGCGCCGCUGAACCCGUCGUCACGACCACAAGCGCCUCGCCUCGCCAUGCCUCUCGCCUGUCGGCUACUUUACAGCCUGAGGAUGUCCAGUGGGCGACAGACUUCUCCGUCAUGCCUGAUGCCAACCGCAUCCCGACACCAUUCCGUCCAGGAUCUUCCGGUGGUAUGCCCACAUCCAGACCCAAGGGCAUCUCCUACACGCACUUCCCUCCUUUCCGCUUCGCAGCCGAAUUCCCUAACCCCCGUCUUCUGAAGGAGAAGAAGCGCGUCUACUCUCGCACCGUCUUCUACGCCGGCUCCUUGUGGAACAUUUACAUCCAGAAGGUCCGUUCAUCCAAAAACCCACAGCUGGGUGUAUAUCUCCACCGCGCGAAAGAGUACUCUGCCGAAGACUGCGCCAACACCGGCGAAGUCCUGACCUCAGCCUCUGCCCGCAUCGGCGAGCUCGAGCGCCGCAUCCUCGUCGGCGGCACGGGCUCGGAGCGCAGCUCGCGCCGCAGCCGGCAAGCCGAGCAGGUCGCCACCGCCAUGAUGGGCAUCUCGCCCGAGGACGACAACACCUCCGGCAGCGGCGGCGACGGCGACGUGGUCGCGUCCCCGACCACCACCGGGCCUUCGCGCACCGGCGAGCGGUCCCGUCGCCAGCAGCCGGCUGCCCCCACGCAGGACCUCAGCUCCACCGCCGGCCUGCCCGAAUGGAUGCGCACGCCGUGGACGACCGCCGACACCGACGACAACGGCUCCGAAGACGACUCGGACGCCGAAAGCCUCACCCACUCCCAAUACGUCCGCCACCGCCUCCCCGGCAACCCGUACUACCACCACCCCGCUGCCCCCGCCCCCGCGCGCUCCGCAUCCGCAUCCACAUCCGCCACCUUCGCCCCCUCCACCUCCAGCAAACACGGCCACGACCAGCGGCCCGCCCCAAACCAAACCUCCGCCUCCGCCACGAUCCCGCCCUACAUCGACGGCCGCCCCACCAUCAAGACGUACUUCAAGAUCUACUCGCCCUCCAAGGGCGGCCGCCUGCUCUCCGUCUACGAGAGCGCCCCCGACCGCUUCAACUUCAGCCAGAGCUGGGGCUGGAAGAGCAGCACCCUCAUGCUCGACGACACUGCUGCUGCCGCCGGCGGUCCGACGAACGCUGCUGCCGCUGUGGGAGCGGCGGCGGCGGAUCCGACUGGUGAUGUCGUGGUUGGCGAGGGUGUGGAGCAGCAAGAGGGCGAUGUUACUGCGGUGGGGGCGGGGUCGGAGGGCGGCGGUGGCGGUGCGAGUAGUGCGGCGGCGUGGAAGGAUAGGGGGAGGAGUAAGAAGGGGGAUGGGCUGUUGAGGUUUAUGGUUGUUAUUGGGAAUUUGUAG